GCAGUAGUGACUAAGUUGUGGUGGAGUUUAACACGAUCACACACAAUGUCAUUCAUUAUUCGCAGAGCUUUACAAGUGAGUAGACGCAAACAUUCACUUAACAGGCAUAUAACAACAAAUAAGCAAGUAGGAUUUGGACAGAAAAUGGCGAACAAUACCUGCAGUAACAGCGUACACUCAGCUUCUGUGGCAGAAGUUCACCAAGUGCCAAUGAGUGUUAUACAUAGACCAAUUCCACCGGUAUUGGACGAAGCAAAGGUCCAGUCGCUUAUGAAUACUAUAGAGAAUGAAACAGAAGACGAUGUGCCCCCAAUAGAUAUAUUGUGGAUUAAGGGUACUGAAGGAGGCGAUUAUUUCUAUAGCUUUGGUGGUUGCCAUCGGUACGAGGCAUACAAACGGUUGAAACGUGUUACUAUAAAGGCCAAAUUAGUACAAUCCACGCUGCAAGAUUUAUAUCAUUAUAUGGGUUCCAGUACGCCAAAAAAUCUUAAAUGAGUAGCUGAAAAAUGAUAUAUAAUAUCUGCGAAACGUGUACAGCAAGCUGGGAAAUGUUGAUAUACCUCUGCUCUUUUAAUUGUAUAUAGCUUCCUUUUAUUUAAUUUUAACAGAGUAUUUUUAAAAUGCACAAAAAAAUAUAUAUGUAUAUGUAUAUACACAGAC